AUGUCGAGUGAUUUCCCGGAAGAGCAUUUCCGGUGCAGCAUCUGCCUGGACAUCUUCAAGAAGCCAGCGACCAUCCCGUGUGGACAUAACUUCUGCAUAGAAUGUAUUAAACGUUACUGGGGCACGCGGAGCAAAGCCAACUGCCCGUUGUGCAAGGAGACGUUCAAGAGCCGGCCCAAACUGUCCGUGAACUUGGCCUUCAGGGACCUCAUCAAAAAGAUGAGGGCUAAACCGAGUGUCACUAAACCGGCCCCACAUCCUCGCCCCCAACGCCAGUCCUCGUUUGAAGUGUUCUGUGAGGUGUGCGAGAAGGAGGGGCUGGAGCAGAGUCAUGCAGUGAAGUCCUGCCUGGUUUGCAGAGAGUCCUACUGUGUGAACCACCUGGUCCCACACCUCAGAGACCCCGUCAUGACAAAGCACAUGCUGACGGACCCUGGAACCUUCAUCUCCAGCCACACCUGCCGCAGACACAGCCGCCUGCUGGAGAUGUUCUGCCAGACCGACCAGCAGUUAGUGUGUUCCAAGUGCACGGAGCGAGAGCACAAGCACCAUGAAGUUGUGUCCAUCGAGAAGGAGAGCCAGAGAGUCCUGGGCAAAAUGAAGGAAGCAGAGGCGGACUUCCAUCACCUGAUUAAGGCUCGGACCACGAAGAUCCAAGAGCUCAAGGAGAGUCUGGACCAGGGCAAAAAAGUGAAAGAAGAGGAGCUGCAGCGCAGUCUGCAGGUGCUGCAUGUGGUGAAAGUGGCCAUGGAGAGCCAGCAGGGGGCGCUGGUGGAGCAGUCUGAGGCCAAACAGCUGGAGCUGGAGAAGAGACACGAGCAGCUGAACAAAAAACUGAACCUGGAACUGUACGAGCUCAACCACAGACGAGGAGAAAUCCACCAACUGGAGCUGAUCGACGACCCACUGCAUCCAGGUUAG